GCUAUCUGUUCGUGCGUUUGCUUGUUUUUUAUAAUCAUGUCUCGUCGUGAGUUUUUCUUCGCGUCUUCCAGUGAAGAGAGUGCUGAGGAGAGUGAGAACAGUUUCGACGAUUUCAGUGAUCUUGACACUGUGGCUCUUUUGGACGAAAGUUUUUCGUCCGUUGAUGAGGAGUGCACGGGUGCCGCUGAGCCAUUGCUCGUUAGUGGGUUUGAACAUUUAUCAAACCCUGAUAGUGCUCCUUAUGGAGAUUUAGAUUUAUUCAUGGACCUUUCUCAGGAGUCCGAAAUGUUUGUUCCCGCCGGUGCGGAGGGCGAGGUGUUCUCCGAGUGUUUUCCGACCGACGAGCUUGGGGAAAUUUUGAUUCCCGCCCCUUUGCUUGCUCGUUUUUUAACUAAUGAUUAUAGUGAAGAAUUCGGUGGUGACCUCGAUUUGGAGUUCGAGUUUGCCGUGGAUCAAUAUUUGCGCGAGGGAAACUUGCCUCGUCUGGAUCUUUCGCCGGAGGAUCCAGACAUGGACGCGGUUGACUAAUCCGUGUAUAGAUACUUUGCGUUGAUACCAUUGCUU